AUGCAUCACACCAUCUUGCUGGUACAGCCUACAAAGAGGCCAGAAGGCAGAACUUACGCUGACUAUGAAUCUACGAAUGAAUGCAUGGAAGGUGUUUGUGAAAUGUAUGAAGAACAUCUGAGAAGAAUGAAUCCCAACAGCCCCUCUAUCACAUAUGACAUCAGUCAGUUUUUUGAUUUUAUCAAUGAUCCGGCUGACCCCAGUUACCUUGUUUACAGAGCUGAUACCCGGACAUACCAGCCUUGUAACAAAGACUGGAUUAAAGAGUAG